GAGAAGUAAUUCUGGUCCUUUCCAGGGAGAGGAUUUGCAUAAAACUGCACUAUUUGAAAAAAUUCAUGAAAAAUACCGUAGGAAUGAAGAUGCAGCAACUGGGGAAAGGCUUUCUGAAAAAUCAGACAAAAAUGUUCAUUGCAGUGACCGUAACAGAAUGAAAAUCCUUAAAUCCCAGAAAUGUGCAAAGAGAUUUGGAGAGGAAAAAAAGAUAACUUCUCAUAAAAGAAUUCACACACGGGAGACAAACUAUAAAUGUUUAGAUGGUGGAAAAAGCUUCAACAGCAGUGGAAACCUUAUUUCCCAUCAAAGAAUACAUACAGGACAGAAAUCAUAUAAAUGCCUGAAGUGUGGAGUAGCCUUCAAGCACAUUUCCAGACUCACUUCCCAUCAAAGACGUCACACAAGGGAGAAACCAUAUAAAUGCCAGGAAUGUGGAAAAAGCUUCAGUCAGAGAGCACAUCUUACUUCCCAUCAAAUAAUUCACACAGGAGAGAAGCCAUACCAAUGCCAGGAAUGUGGAAAAGGCUUCAGUCAGAGAGUAAAUCUUACUUCCCAUUGGAGAAUUCACACAAGGGAGAAACCAUAUCAAUGCCUGGAAUGUGGAAAAGACUUCAGUCGGAGUGAUCAUCUUACUUCCCAUCAAAGAAUUCACACAGGGGAGAAACCAUACAAAUGCCAGGAGUGCGGAAAAGCCUUCAGUCAGAGCCAAAGCCUUACUUCACAUCAGAGAGUUCACACAGGGGAGAAACCAUAUCAAUGCCUGGAAUGUGGAAAAGACUUCAGUGAGAGUCAAAGCCUUAUUUCCCAUCAAAGAAUUCACACAGGGGAGAAACCAUACAAAUGCCAACAGUGUGGAAAAGCCUUCAGUCAUAGCGCAAGCCUUACUUCACAUCAGAGAGUUCACACAGGGGAGAAACCCUAUAAAUGUCCAGAAUGUGACAAACACUUCACCUUCAAGCACAGUUUCACCCUCACUUCCCAUCAAAGACGUCACACGGGGGAGAAACCAUAUCAAUGCCUGGAAUGUGGAAAAUACUUCAGUAGGAGGGACAGCCUUAUUUCCCAUCAAAGAAUUCACACGCAGGAGAAACCAUACAAAUGCCAGGAGUGUGGAAAAGCCUUCAGUCAGAGCCAAAGCCUUACUUCACAUCAGAGAGUUCACACAGGGGAGAAACCUUACAAAUGUCAGGAGUGUGGAAAAGGCUUCAGGAAGAGUGGACACCUCACUUCCCAUCAAAGAAUCCAUACAGGGGAGAAACCAUAUAAAUGCCAGGAAUGUGGAAAAGGCUUCAGUCAGAUAGCAAAUCUUACUUCCCAUUGGAGAAUUCACACUAGGGAGAAACCAUAUCAAUGCCUGGAAUGUGGCAAACACUUCCGUGACAGUGAAAACCUUACCUCCCAUCAAAGAGUUCACAUAGGGGAGAAACCAUACAAAUGCCUGGAGUGUGGAAAAGGGUUCGAUCAGAGAGUACAUCUAACUUCCCAUCAAAGAAUUCACACAGGGGAGAAACCAUACAAAUGCCUGGAAUGUGGAAAAGCCUUCAGUCAGAGCCAAAACUGCCCACUUCCCCGCAUCAGGGGAGUUCACCUGGGGAGAAACCAUACAAUGCCGCAGGUGUGGAAAAGAUUUCAGGAGAGUGGACACCUCGCUUGUCAAAGAGUUCACACGGGAGGAAACCAUAUAAAAUGCCGGGAGUUGUGGAAGAGACUUUAG